ACCACACUGGAGGAUAGGGGGCGGGUCUUCGGCCUUCAGCGAAGCAGUCGGACUCUGACAAUUCGACGAAUUGUUUAUCGAAUAAAGUUUACAUUUAGAUCAAUUUUAUUUGAAGAAAAUCAAAUAAUUCGGUUGGUCGGUCGUUAUUAUUCGUGCAUUGGUCGAUUUUAGACUUGCAGCCGGAUUUUCUGAGGAGCUUCACGAUUGAGACUGUAGUUAAUUUAGAAUGCUAAGCUAACAGUUAGCAAAACAACAACAAACACAAACCCAAACCCGAGUUCUCAGCUAAAAGUUGAGCUUAUUUUUAAGUUUAUUCAUUGUUAUCACUUAUAAAGUGAUAUUUAUUAUUUUUCUAGUUGGUUUACUGAAUAAUUUACAGUAUAAAAAUAUCAGUCGUUUAGUGGCUGGUUAAUUAGUUAAAUAGUUGCAGUGUAAAGUGGAGUUUGUGUAAAAUUCUGUAAAAUGAGGGGAAGUUCCUCGUAUGGCGAUAGAGACCGAGAUCGUGGACGCGACAGGGGGCCUCGUUUUGGGUCCAGCAGGGGGGGUCCUCCACCUCCUAAAAAGUUUGGGAAUCCUGGAGAUCGGCUGAGGAAGAAGAAAUGGGAUCUUGAUGAGUUGCCUAAGUUUGAAAAGAACUUCUACAAUGAGCACCUGGAAGUCCAGCGUAUGACACAGUAUGAUGUGGAAGAUUUCAGAAGAAAGAAAGAGAUCACUGUUAGAGGCUCUGGCUGCCCAAAACCAGUGACAAACUUUCACCAGGCGCAAUUUCCUCAAUAUGUGAUGGAUGUGCUGCUACAUCAGAAUUUUAAGGAGCCAACAGCCAUCCAGGCUCAGGGAUUCCCCCUGGCUCUCAGUGGGAGGGAUAUGGUGGGCAUUGCACAGACAGGAUCUGGAAAAACACUUGCUUACCUCCUUCCUGCCAUUGUCCACAUCAACCACCAGCCGUACCUGGAGAGAGGGGAUGGUCCAAUUUGUCUGGUUCUAGCUCCAACACGUGAGCUGGCCCAGCAAGUCCAGCAGGUGGCUUUUGACUACGGCAAGUCUUCUAGAAUCAAGAGCACCUGUGUAUACGGAGGAGCCCCUAAGGGUCCACAGAUCAGAGAUUUAGAGAGAGGUGUUGAGAUCUGCAUUGCCACACCUGGCCGUCUCAUCGACUUCCUCGAGGCAGGAAAGACCAACCUGAGACGCUGCACUUACCUGGUGCUGGACGAAGCUGACCGCAUGCUGGACAUGGGCUUCGAACCACAGAUACGCAAGAUUGUAGAUCAGAUUCGGCCGGACAGACAGACGCUCAUGUGGAGCGCUACCUGGCCGAAAGAGGUGCGUCAGCUGGCAGAGGAUUUCCUCCGUGAGUACGUCCAGAUCAACAUCGGAGCUCUGGAGCUGAGUGCCAACCACAACAUUCUGCAGAUAGUGGACGUCUGUAUGGAGAACGAGAAGGACAACAAACUGAUUCAAUUGAUGGAGGAAAUCAUGGCAGAGAAGGAGAAUAAGACCAUCAUCUUCGUCGAGACAAAGAAGCGCUGUGAUGAGCUGACGCGCAGGAUGAGGAGAGACGGGUGGCCAGCAAUGUGCAUCCAUGGUGACAAAAGUCAGCCGGAGAGAGACUGGGUCCUGACAGAGUUCCGCAGUGGGAAAGCUCCGAUCCUUAUUGCUACUGAUGUUGCCUCCCGUGGGCUGGAUGUGGAAGAUGUAAAGUUCGUCAUUAACUACGACUAUCCAAACUCUUCUGAGGAUUACGUGCACCGCAUCGGGCGCACAGCUCGCAGCACGAACAAAGGCACGGCCUACACUUUCUUCACUCCUGGAAACCUGCGCCAGGCCCGGGAUCUGGUCCGAGUCCUGGAGGAGGCCCGGCAGGCCAUCAACCCCAAACUUCUACAGCUGGUUGACUCGGGACGUGGGGGAGGAGGUGGUAGGAUGCGUUAUCGUGGCAGCGGCUCUAACGCCAACAACCCCAACCUCAUGUAUCAGGAGGAAUGUGACCGGCGCAUGCGCACUGUAGGAGGCAGUGGCGGCGGCAGCAAAGACAACCGCGGCAACAACUACAACAGAGACGGACGCACAGGUGGGGGAGGCCGUGAUGACCGGUCUUCGUCCAAUAACUCGUACAGGGACCGCAGCCGGGACACCCGUAACAACUACAACUCGGGCUCGUCCUACAGCGGAGGAGGGGGCGACCAGUAUCAGGGUUACAGUGGCAGCGGAGGAGGCCAGUACAGCUCCAGAGGGGGCGGUUCCCAGUCAGGAGGUGGGAGUGGCGGAGGUGGGGGCCAGAACCCGCCUGGACCUGCUCAGGGUCCAUUCGGACAGCCCCCACCCCCUCCUCCUCAGCCUGGGGCUGGUCCGCAGCCCCUGAUGGCCCAGCAGUUUCCUCCACCUCCACAGCCAAUGAUGGGAUUCAUGGGCCCGGGCCCGUACUCAUUCGCUCCUCCUCCGCCACCACCUCCACAACAGAGAAAGUAAAACUUAAGAGUGAGAGAGGGGUUCGGGAAACUGUCCACUGCCAGAGUGAUGAUGGAGCGCUGUCUUCUAGAAUGCAGUGUCUUUCUGUAUCUGUAUUCUGUAUUCUUUUGCCUCUGUUUGGAUGAGGCUUUGGGCCUGAUGAUCUUAACAGGCCAACCCGUCCAGGGAUUGUGGAGGAAAGGACUUUGCCAGUAAGAUGUCCGCCAUGCCAAAAGCAGAAAAAAAUAUGCUUUGAUUGCAGCUUUUUCCUGUUGUCUGUGGAAACAAUGUCCUCUUGAUGCGCCUCAUUGUGUAUAUUAUAAUUCAUCACAGAUUGAUGGCUUUUUUUUCUCGUUUUCAUCAGUUCACAUUGAGGUUGUGCUUACAGCUAAUUAAUUACCUUGUUACUCGCGCAUGUAGCUCAUUUUGUGGGUUUUGCUUUUAGCUAUUGCAUGUAUUACAUCGCAUAGUAAUUUCUUUUUUAGGCAUGCAGAUUCUUUUGGGCCCAGUACAGAAAGAGACAGAAAACUGCUAAAACUGUAUCAGUGGCAUUCCUUUUUGUAAACACACCAGUGUUCUAGAGAAGCGAAUGAUCUAGUUUUGAAUCUGUAUCCUUUUAAUAAAGUUUUUGAUCUAUAAAUCAA